AUGUCAUCACAUGGCAGCUCCAACACUGGCUCUAAGACAGGCACGGGAAUGGCUUCACAAGUAAAGACACCCGCCAAUGCUGGCAUCGGCGAAGAUAAACCCAAGAUGUUCGAUGCCCAGGGCUCCAUUGGCAAACAGUUUACCAAAGACGGAGCGAUUGGCGGUACAGCGCAGAAGAUCGGUGGUCCUUUGGAUAAGGAGGGCAUGGUUGGAAAGCAGUUUACUACAGAGGGUAGUGUUGGCGGAUCCGUACAGUCAACUCUCGGGGGUCAAGGCGGCAGGAGUAAUUAG